UUGGAUCGUUUUUCGUUACCUGUCCCCUAGGGUUUACGGAGCGAACCGGGCAUAAAACCUCUGCUUUGCCUUGAAGCUCUUGAUUCUCGAACGUCUUCACCAUCUUGGUGCUGGAUUAAACGUCUUUACCUUCGCCCACUGAUUCAUCGAUUUUAUCUGCGCCAAAUAGGUUCGAUGGCUGAUCAAGAGAACAGUGGUAUUGGGGUCGCAAACGCCUUCACUCGGGUGGUCGAGGACUGUUCCUUCGACGUGUCGGAUCUAAAUUCUGCCGUGUCGAAUGGCGUGGGGACGGCGGAGGAGAGAGCCGAAAUGGGGAUUUCGAGUUCUACUAUCGAGCCAGAAAUGAGAAGCGGUUAUUUGCCGAUUACUAUGAAAUCUAUAUGCGCUGUGAAGUUGGAUGGAGAAGUGUUUGAAAAUUUGGGGAUUUCGAGUUGUACGCUUGACCAAGAAAUGAGAAACGGUGCUGAGCCAAUUGCUAUGGAAUCUACCCGUGCCUUGAAAGUGGAUGGAGAAGCGUGUGAAAGUUUGGGGGUUUCGGGUGGUAAUAUUGAGGAAGGGAUGGGAAGUAUUAGUUUACCUGGCGGGCUUCAAAGUUCUGAGCAAGAAAUGAGAAACGGUGCCGAGCUAAUUGCUGUGGAAUCUACUUCUAUUGAGCAGGUGGAUGGCGAAGUGCAAGAAAAAUUGGGUUUUUCGGGUUUUAACAGUAAUAUUGAGGAAGGAGUGGGAAAUAUUAGUUUAGUUAGUGGGCUUGGAAGCUCUGUUAUAAUUGGAAAGAAUGAUGAGAAGAGCGAAAUUAAGAUGGAUAAAGAUGAAAGUGAAAGUUCAGAUUCCGAGAGUGAUAAUCCAUCUUCAUCAACAUCUGCAUCUUCUAGUAGUAGCAGUGAUAGUGACGAUAUCUCUACUAGUGGUGGUUCUAGUGAUGAUGACGAUAGUGAGGAAGAGGAACGACAGGGAAAAGAAAAAAUGACAGAAAAGAUUGAAGUGGAAGUUGAAGAAGGUGAGAUAAAAGACUCUGAUGGGCAAGCGCUGGGCACUAACACUGCCGUCAGUGAAGACGAUGAUGACCUUGAUGAAGAUGCAGUGGAGGUUUCUUGGAGUGGCAUUAAUGAUGAAGACGAUGAAGAUGGCAUUACUACGGAAGGACCCAUCAGGUCAAAGAACGAGAUCAAGGAUCUUCCUUCAGUUCCUCCAGUAAAUGUGACCAUAGAACCACACCAUCAAAUGCUUCCAGUGGGAGUUGUUUUGACGAUAAUCAGCUCCCAAUUCAUUGUGGAAGGGAUGGAGAAGCAUGAUCCUCUUAAUGAGGGGUCCAUUCUCUGGAUAACUGAAAGCCGAGCACCACUAGGGUUGGUUGACGAGAUCUUUGGACCUGUGAAAAACCCUUACUAUGUUGUGAGAUACAAUUCUGAAAAUGAAAUCCCCAGGGGUGUCCGUGUGGGUACUCCAAUCUCUUUUGUUCCGGAAUUUGCCAAUCACGUGCUUAAUAACAAGGAUCUUUACAAGAAAGGCUAUGAUGCUUCUGGCUUGAAUGAUGAAGAGGUGUCCGAUGAAGCAGAGUUUUCUGAUGAUGAGAAAGAGGCAGAAUACAGGAAAACGAAAAGAGUGAUGAAGAGAGGUGUUAGUGAUAAGAACCAUGGAAAGCAUAAAAGCAACAAAAAGGAAGCUUCAAGGAAAAAUGGCCCGGCAGUGCCUCCCUAUCCCGUCCAACCUGCUUCUUCAACGCAUAAUCAUGAAAAGUUUCCUCCAUUUUCAGGCAUCAGACCAGGUCCUUUUGAGGCAGCUCCAAUUGUUCCACCUUUUCCACCUCCAAAUGCGGGCCCUAAUUUAGCUUCAAACGGAGUUUGGACAAACGGGAUAUCACUUGUACAGCCACAAACUGCUCUGUUUCCUAAUGGCAUAUCUAUGUUUCCAGGAAAUGUACAAAAUCCUUAUCAGUUGCCAAUGACAGGGAUCCCAUUUCAACAGCAGUUAGGUCCAAAUCUAGGAUCGCUUCCGCUUCCAGGAACCAGCUUGCCUGUACAACCCAAUAUAUUUGCACAACCUAUGUACCCCCGGGGGCUUGUCGGUCAAAAUCAAAUGACAUUUGGGAUGAACUUCCCGCAGAUUCAGGCAUCUGUUAGUAGUGGUGGAGAGCAAGUUUUUUUACCCUACGGAAUGCAAUCAGAAAGAAACCAUAAUUUUCAGUCUGGUCCAGACAAUCUCCAUCCUCCCAAUCAAUUUAGACCCGGUGGCUCUGCUAAUCGUGGAAGGAAAACAUUUCACCAAAGGGGAAGAAAAGGCUGGCGACCAACCAAGUGAAACUUCAGCGUGCUUCGCCGCACAAGCAAAUGUUUGAACGGGUCACACGGGAUGUACUGUGGUUUUUUAAGUCAUGUAACUCGUGAGUUGAAAUGAAUCCACUUGAGCUAUUUUCGGUGCCCAUUAUCAUUAUUAGUAGGAAAAUUAACUAUUGAUCCUUA